AUGCGGCGCAGCGUCAAGAGGCGGCGGCGCCGGCCCCCGGCCGCCCCGGCCCCGGCCGCCCGGGGCGGCGGCCUUCGGGCCGGAGGAGGGGCCGGGCCCGAGGCGCGGGAGGAGAAGGUGGUGUACUCGCGGUCGCAACUGUCGCUGGCCGACAGCACCGAGACGCUGGGCGACGCCUUCAAGCUGCUGGUGCCCCGCAGCACGGAGUUCAUGAGCUCGGACGCGGAGCUCUGGAGCUUCCUCUGCAGCCUCAAGCACCAGUUCUCGCCGCACAUCCUGCGCAGCAAGGACGUCUACGGCUACGCCUCCUGCCGGGCCCUGGUGCCCGACCCGCCGCCGCCCCCCGCCGCCCGCCGCCACUCGCGCGGCCCGGCCGCCAGGAGGAGGCGCCGCGGAGCCCGGCCGGCCGCCGCCCGCCGGAGGAAGCCGCCGCCGCCGCCGCCGUCCCCGCCGUCCCCGCCGCCGCCCCCGCCGCUGUCCCCGCCGCCGUCCCCGCCGCUGUCCCCGCCGCCGCCCGCCGCCGCCGCCCCCGCCGCCCCCGCCGCCCCCGGGCCCUGCUUCGGCGGCCGCAGCCUGGAGGAGAUCUGGAGGGCGGCCACCCCGACGCUGACCACCUUCCCCACCAUCCGCGUCGGCGGCGACGUGUGGGGCGAGCGCAGCCUGGCGGCGGCGCGGCGCCGAGCGCGCCAGGUGCUGCGAGUGAACCUGGAACCCGUGGUGAGGCUCCGCCGCUUCCCGGUGCCCCGGGCGUGAGCCGCGGCCCGGCCCGGCCCGAGCGGCCGCCCAGUGACAGUCGAGUGUUUACAGACCCGGCCCGGACCGCGUCCCCUAGUGCACUUUACGGGCGGGGGAGCCCCGGAGGCGCCCUUCCCGGCCCGGCAGGUGCGCGCCCCCCGCCGCCCCCCGCCGCCCC